ACUCUCACCUUCACUACUGACCUCACUACUAACAAACAACAACAAAUCCUAGCCCUCCGAUCAUCUCACAACAACCCCAUAACUGGGGCCCACCCACUUUCUUACUUUUUACAGCUUAACCUUCGUAAAAUUACCACUUCUUUCCCAAAACCCUCUGCUCUCACACAGUAAAAGUGUGUUUCAUGCAGGCGAGGAAAGUAGACAAGACACUCCAAACCUCGAGAUUCACUGACCAAAACACGAUACAAAUGUUGCUGCUGCUGCAUAGAUAGAUUCAUCUGCUUUCUCUCUCCUCCCACUCACUCUUUUUUUUAUGAUUAAGUAUUGAUUCUUGUUCUCGGUUAUUCGUGCACUCGCUCCACGAAUUUUGAUGCUUAUAUCGCCGCUGCACACCCGUGAAUUAAGGUAGAAAAGAUUACAACAAUUCGCUCGGGAAAGAAAAGGAACCAUGAAGAGGAAGUAUACUACUAUACACCAAAACAAACACCCGUUUGAUCCUCUGCCUUUUGAAGCGUUCUGGUGUGGUUCAUGGUUGCCUGUGGAAUGCUUGCGUAUCCGAAAUGGAGUUGUUAGCAUGCAUAUCAAAAACAAAGAAGAGAUAAUGGAAGAAACCAUUCCCAUGUCAGACUUUAGAAUAAGGUCAAGAAAAGCAAAUUUGGCUGAUUGUACGUGCUUUCUACGACCUGGAAUUGAUGUUUGUGUGCAUACCGUUUAUCAACCGCCAGAUGAAGAAGAAUCAAACGACGAGAAUCCAGAACCCGUCUGGCUCGAUGCUAAAAUAAACUCAGUAGAGAGAAAACCUCACGAAGACAAUAAAUGCGUGUGCGAAUUCCAUGUCAACAUCUACAUGAAGCAAGGUCCAGCUGGCUUGAUCAAGAAAGCAAUUCAUAAAGACGUAAAAACGUUACGUCUUGAUCAAAUACGCAUUCUUCAAAAGCUUGACGGGAAGCCAUGUGAAGAUAAGCAUUAUCGGUGGAACAUUUCGGAAGACUGCAAUUCACGCCGAAUAUUUAAAUUAUUUACCGGAAAAUUUUCAGCAGAUAUAUCUUGGUUAAUCGUUGCAUCAAUUACCAAGCAGCUUGUUUUCGAUGUGAAAUCGGUGAACAACCAGAUUCUGUAUCAAAUUUGGGAUGGUGAUGGUGAGAAGAGUUUACCGAAUUCCGAAAAUCAUUCAUGUGCAAUUACGUUCAGAGUCGAUAAUGAAAUUUUCACUCCAGCGCUUUUUCCGUUCAGUCAAGUAGAAUCCGAAGAGGAAAAGAAACAAAUCUGUAAUGUGGAUGAAUUUGCUUCAUCAUUAAACAUUGAUCUCACAGGCUUGAGACGGUCAAAGCGAAGAAAUAUCCAACCAGAACGUUAUCUCGGCGAUGAUGACGUGUCAGAGUCAGAAGUUGACUUGUCACGUGUUGGAUUAUACCGACCAAACAAUUCGAAAUACGAAGAAGUCCCGGUAGCGUUUUCGAUCCAAGAUGAUCAUUCUAUCCAAGACGGAAAGAAACUGGCGUGCUUUAGGAAAAUAUAUAAAGAAGAAGGUUAUAUCGGAAAGCAGAACGACACUAGCAAGUCAAAGGAAGUCAGAACAGAAGUUCCUUACACAUUAGAUCAAGAUGAUCAAAAAUACCCUCGUUCAACGGGUUCUCAAUCUCGUUCAUCGAGGCCAUACAUAUACGCCGAUUCGUAUAAAGCCGGAGAGGACGAUGAAGGAGAAGGGAUUACUGACAUAUGGACCAAAUACUUAAAAAUGCAGGGUUCUUCCAAAAUCCAUAAACCAAAAUUUAAAGCUCCGUUAAGUCAGUUUGACGGGACCGGAGGUUUGUGGAAGGGCAAAGCGGGAAAUAAGCGAAGCCGUUUUAAACGCGGUUCUUCCGGGAAAGAGAGUAUCUUCGAUUCAAGGACUUCGUUUAGAAAAUCUGUUUGUGCGAGUGUUUAUAGAGAGUUGAUGAGCAGAUGCAUGAGGAAUAUAGAUGCAUCAAUCGAUAUAGAACAGCCGCCUGUUAUCGAUCAGUGGAAUCAAUUUCAGCUCGGGAAAUCGUUGGACCAACGGGAGAAAAAUGAGGCACCCGUAAAGGAGGAAGAAGAUGACGACGAAGAAAUGACGGAAGAACAAGAACUUGAAAUGUUGUGGAAGGAGAUGGAAUUAGCCCUUGCCACUACAUAUCUUAUGGAGGAAACAGAGGCAUGUAUAAAUGGAGUCAAUGAUGAAAUGGCAAAACCAACCAGUCAUGAGCAAAAGUGCCUACAUGAUUACCGACUCAACGAACAGUUCGGGAUUAUUUGUCGGUUAUGUGGUCAUGUGAGAUCUGAAAUAAAAGAUGUCUCACCAUCCUUUUUGCCAGGUGUAGUUUGGACGCCUAGCAAAGAAACCCGAGCAGAUGAUAAUCCAGAGGAUGACGUUCAAGACGUAGACACACGUCUAGAUAUCGCAUGUCGUCCCGCUUCAUCCGACAUGCAUAUAUCAGAUAAGAAAGAGGAUGAAAACGUGUGGGCCUUGAUUCCCAACCUCAGAGACAAACUACGGUUCCACCAAAAACGAGCGUUUGAGUUUCUAUGGCGAAAUCUAGCUGGCGACAUAGUACCCUCCGAAAUGGAAGCUGCCAAGAAGAAAAGAGGCGGUUGUGUGAUCUCCCACACUCCGGGAGCCGGCAAAACAUUACUCAUAAUCUCGUUUCUCGAAAGCUACUUGAAACUCUUCCCCGGGUCGCGCCCGUUAGUCCUUGCUCCCAAAACAACCUUGUACACCUGGUACAAAGAAAUCAUCAAAUGGAAGAUUCCAAUUCCGGUGUACCAAAUCCACGGUGGUCAAACAUACCGAGAAGAAGUUCUCCGAAACAAACUCAAACUUGCUCCGGGCCUUCCGAGAAACCAAGAUGUAAUGCAUGUGCUCGACUGUCUGGAGAAAAUACAAAAAUGGCUCACGACCCCGAGUGUCCUCUUAAUGGGCUACACUUCUUUUCUGACACUAACCCGUGAAGAUUCAAAUUACGCUCAUCGACAAUACAUGGCCAAAGUACUCCGCCAAUGCCCGGGUAUAUUAAUUCUCGAUGAAGGUCAUAACCCGAGAAGCACAAAGUCGAGACUAAGAAAAGGUUUAAUGAAAGUAGACACCCCGUUGCGCGUCCUACUCUCCGGUACCUUGUUUCAGAACAAUUUCGGUGAAUAUUUCAACACGCUCACGUUAGCAAGACCGCGGUUCGUCAACGAGGUGCUUAAAAAGCUAGAUCCGAAAUUCAAGAGUCGAAAGAAAGGAGUUAUUUCCAAGUUUUCACUUGAGAACCGAGCGAGAAAGCUGUUUGUCAUCAAGAUAGCAGAACAGAUUAACUCGAAUGUUCAAAAGGAUCGACAACAAGGGUUAAACAUUCUAAGAAGCUUAACGAGCAAGUUCAUUGAUAACUACGAAGGUGGCAGCGCUGAAAACCUCCCCGGUUUGCAAUGUUACACUCUCAUGAUGAAAUCGACCACCAUUCAGCAAGAUAUUCUUAAAAAGCUUCAAGAUCAACGGCCCGUAUACAAAGGUUUUCCUUUAGAACUUGAGUUGUUAAUCACACUUGGGUCGAUACAUCCAUGGUUGAUACAAACAACCGCAUGCGCAAGUCAGUAUUUCAAAGAGGAUGAACUCCAGGCCCUUGAUAGUCUCAAGUUCGACCUCAAGCUCGGGUCAAAAGUCCGAUUUGUAAUGAGUUUAGUCCCGCGAUGUCUUCUUCGAAAAGAAAAAGUCUUGAUCUUUUGCCACAACAUUGCUCCGAUAAAUCUGUUUUUAGAAACAUUUGAUCGGUUCUACGGGUGGAAACGAGGCAAAGAAGUGUUGGUCCUUCAAGGAGAACUCGAGCUAUUCGAAAGAGGACGUGUGAUGGAUAAAUUCGAAGAACCCGGGGGCCCGUCAAAAGUAAUGUUGGCUUCGAUUAACGCUUGUGCUGAAGGGAUUAGCUUGACCGCAGCUUCACGGGUCAUCUUACUUGACUCAGAAUGGAAUCCUUCUAAAAGUAAACAAGCGAUUGCACGAGCUUUUAGGCCCGGUCAAGAUAAGGUGGUGUAUGUGUACCAGUUGCUUGCGACGGGGACUUUAGAAGAAGAGAAACACAGCCGCACUACGUGGAAAGAAUGGGUGUCGAGUAUGAUAUUUAGCGAGGAACUAGUGGAAGAUCCUUCUCACUGGCAAGCACCCAAGAUCGAAGAUGAGUUGUUGAGGGAGAUUGUGGAGGAGGAUCGCGCUUCAUUGUUUCAUGCGAUUAUGAAGAACGAGAAGGCUUCGAAUAUGGUGGUAAGAGGCAGAGAGUAGUUAAUAACUUAAUAUCAUCUGUUUGUUUCGUGUUUAUGUUCUGUUUUCGGGUAAUAAAAAAACUGUAGCCUGUUUAAUAAUUAGCAGUGAAGCUUUAGGUAGGAGCUUCUAUGUUUAACUUAUUGUGAAAGUAACAUCAGGCCUUUAGCUUAUUGGUAUUGAACUCAUCCUGUUAGCAAUAAUAAUGAAUAAACGAGUGGUUUGUUUUCGAUGAUGAAA